AUGGAUUCCGUUUUACAGAGCUUUGCUGCCGGCUUUGGUAGCCUUAAAGACGCAGCUACUGCCUCGAUGCAGCUGGUGAGUCGAAUUUGGACGUGGUGCAUAGAGGAGCACAACGGUAAACGUCGCAUUGACAGCUGCUUGGCCAGGUUUGGUAUCCUCAUCGCCCUCAUCGGUCUCCCAACCGGCGUCGUACUGCAGUUGCGAGGCAACGAACAAGCUCGCCUGGGCAACAUAUUAGCUUGGGGCAACAUGUGUUUGGCAGAUGGCAUCAGUAAUACAACAAGAGCAUUCUGUCAUCAAAAUGAGCCAAGGACUGUUGAGAUCGAGCGUGCAUCGCGAUCGAGCUGGAGCCAUGUUCCACAACUGGACGUCUGCAUCUCGUCAAUAUUCGCAAUGAAGUCGACCAAAGCUUGCGUCAGAUUCUUCAUUUUCAAACCUGACUCAAGUCCUAUACUGGACAUGCUAGAAUAUUCGGAAACAGUCUUCAGGCUCGUGGCCGUUCGCGCCCUGCGACCAAGACCUCUCAACGUCAUCGUAGAGGCCUUCUACGCCGCUCCUUGCACUUCUGCAAGCACGCUAUGCACACACCUCGGUGUCAUAUCUGCCAUCGCGGCGGUGGUGCUCACACCAACCGUUUUGUGGAACCAUGUGAAGGUAGGACACAGUUGA